AUGUCUUCACCCCUACCCACUUCUGACACGCCGCGGCCGACCGACGCGCCGCUCCUCUUCACCCAGCUCUCGGCCGACCUCAUCCUGCGCACUGCCGACCUCGUCGACUUCCGUGUGCACUCCCCGAUCCUCGCCCAAGCAUCCCCGUUCUUCGCGUCCAUGCUCACAUUACCCCAGCCCUCCGCCGCAGCCGCCUCCUCUUCCGCGCAUGACACCGGCGCGGGCCCGGCGGACUCGGAGACGCCCAUCGUGCCCGUGUCCGAGGACAGCACGACGCUCGAGCUGCUCCUGCGGCUUGCAUACCCUAUCCCAAAACCGUACGCGCUGAUGGCGGAGCCGGCGCAGAUGGUGCCCGCGCUGCUCGCGGCGGCGAAGUACGAGAUGGCGCUCCCACUCGAGACGAUGUCAGAGCGCCUCGUCGCGCUCAUGCCGGGCAGCCCGCUGGCGGUGUGGGCGGCUGCGUGCCGCGCGGACCUGAAGAACGUCGCACGCCAGGCGGCGGAGGCACUCAAGACGUCGUGGACCAACACCGGAGUGGAGGCCCUGUCGUUCAUGGACGGUCUCGGGGACAUGAUUGGGAUUUCCGCGGGGGACUAUCAUCGGCUCAAGCAUUUCCUUGUGGCGGGCGGGCCGUAUAUGGAGGAGAUCCCCGUCACUCCCAUACCAGUAGGAUUUGGCGCCAAGUUCUCUGCUUUGCCAGCGUGGGGUCAGUUCCCGCCCCUAUCCCCGCCCUCGCCAUCCUGGUACUCUACAAGCCUGCCACCGACCGACUUGAUCUGUCGGCCAUCUUCACGGAGGGGCCCGCCAGCGCCGUACCAGGCUCACCAGGUGGUCCUCUGCCUGCAGUCGCCGGUCCUGAAGGCGCGACUCGCGGAGCGUCGCGGUGUGUCAUCAGGGAACGAUAUGUUAAAUGGCUCUCCGGGUCCUAGCGCCGAGCCGUUGGUCGUGCUCGACUUUGACGAAGAAACGGAGGUCGUGUUCUCGUUGCUAAAGGCUUGCUAUGGCGACGAGGAACCCGUUCCCACCGACCUCUCCAAGCUUGCUGCCCUCCUAGUGGCGUGUCAAAAGUACGAGAUGGUAGCUAUUGCACGCAGGGUUCGCGAGGCCUGGGAUAGAGCCGCCGCCCACCGACCCUUGGAGGCCUACUUUGUUGCGAUCAAUCACGGGCUCCACGAGUACGCGGAGGCGGCUGCGAAGACCGUACUAAGGGGUCCAGUACCGCGCGCCUUCACCAACGUUAUGGAUAGCGCACCGGCGCUGGCUUACCAUCGCUUACUUGUCUACUACGACGCAUGCCGCCAGAACCUCAAGGAGCGCCUCAGGAUCAUUUGCGACCGGAUACCCGAACAGGUUUACUACGCGACUAGAAGUUCUGCCUACAGACAGUCCACGACUACCACUGCUCUCAAGCAGGCUGUCACCGACGUCACUAGUGCACCAGGCAUACCCCUCAAAGCGGAAUGUCGGAAGAAGAUAACAGACAUCAUGCUCAAACAACUUGACUCCACUGGCUUCGGUGAUUUCUUAGUCCCCCUCAUUGAAUGCAUGACUUCCACCGACGGCAUCAUAGAUUCUGCGAUCAACGAUGUACAGCUCCAGUUCGCCUAAGCAAAGAGGCCGGACGUCGAUGAAUGAGACAGAUGUCAUAGUGAUAGUUUUGCCACUCCGAGCGCGACCACGUACAAACUAAACCAAGC